AUGGCCAGCUCCUCGUUCUCCGAAGACACUCUUCGAUCCCGCCUAGCGGCUGUUCUCCCAAAGGGCUUCGCUUUCGGCAUCCAUCAUGUCUCGACACCUCCAAUCAAGUCCGAAGCUCUCUACGCCGCUCCACCCAAAGAACGACCAGAACGCACCUUUGUCGAAAAGCACUUUCUCGCCGUCUCAAUUGACCACCCUUCUGCCGAAAAUGAGACCCAGAAGGUCCUCGUCCUCGGUCUCGAGAUCUACAUCUACACCACAGCGAGAGCCACGACCAUAUUCGUCUCCAAAGCAGACUCUACUGGCUACUUGCACCUGCUCGACCUACCCAAGGGAACUCCGAGCCCCAUCCGCACGAUAACCGCCACGUUUGUCGAAUUCCUUGUCCAUAACCGUCGCCGAAAGGAUACCCAGCUGGUCGUCAGUCUCUUUGCUCGUGCUCAAGACCAGUAUCUAUUUCCUGGCAGCGUCGAAUACAAGGGGAAGCAUGUUCUGGACGAUCGUGGGCUUAUAAAAUGGUGGUGCCGGGUGCUCAACCCGCUUCUCGAUGACCCGGUGGACGGUUAUAUCCUCGUUCCGGGGCUGGAGACAAAUGAGAUGAAGGCCUUCAUCCCCAAGGGCACCAGCCAGUCGGCGCGAUGGUCGGUUGGCCACCCCUUGAUGCGCAUCUCGCACUACGCUCGGCAGUUCGACUGGGUCCCGCCGCGCUGCCUCAUUCCUCAGUUCCCCGACGACCCCAAGUCCCGCUUUCGCGAUGAACUUGAUGCCGACGCGCUGAACUCGGCCAUCUACCGAACAACUGGAAAUUGGAAAACGGUCCGCACAUUGGACACUUUCUGGGAAAUGAUGGCCUAUCGCCAGGAAUGCUCGAGUGGCCGUAUGACUGGAUUCAUCUGGGCCGUUUAUGACGAUGCCAAGCCGAAGGCAAGUGACGAGGAUGCAAAGCCUGCAGUGGCAGCAGACACAGCGGAUGAGCCACCGUCAACCCCCUCUAAACAACGGACAAUAAAUGUUGCGCCGCAGACUACUCCCCGGAAGCUCUUCCCGUCUCGAUCAGAUGCUAAACCAUAUGACGAGAGACACGAGCUAAGGGUGAGAAAAGCAAAGGAAAGGAGGCGGAAGAAGAAGCUCACAGGCCCCAUUAUUCCGCGCACGGUGCGGAUGGAUGCCUUUCAAAAGAUGAAGCGCCUAUUGGAUCGCCCAGCCUAUACAGCCUACUAUGCGUGGGGUGUAUCUGGCCGUGGAGAACUGAUCGUCAGUGAAGCUAAGUACAAACGGAUCAUGGAUAUUCUCCUACACUUGGAUUUUGCGACCCUGGAAAAGUCGGUAGCAGGGACUCGUCGCUGGCUUAGCGAGGUCGGCCUCGGAGCGAGCUGGGGGUAUACUGUUGAAGGUGAGAACGAAGUUGCUCCUCAAGAGAUAACUCAGGAUGGGUCUGGGCUGUCGCAGGUCAACAAUUUGACCACCCUGGUUAAGAGGAAGCGGAGCGAUACCCAAAAUGACACCACACCGCAGGUGAAUGUCUUGGGCGCUGGGUUGAUUAGAAAAAAGAGCAAGGCGGAGGAAGAACCGGCGAAGCCAGCCGUAAAUGUCCUGGGCGAAGGACUCGUGCGGAAGAAACCAAAAGCUUGA